UCAACGUUCAUUCGUUGUUUAUUAUUUGUAAGCGGAGCAAAUAAGUGCAAAGUAAAAAAAAUAAUUACUAGUGUUAUAAAAUUAAAAAAUAAAAAGUAAGUAAUUAAUUAUCUAAUAAUAAAAACAAAAAAAAAAAUGCCGUCGUGGAAUCAAAUUCAAGCUCAACUCCGCAACCCAAACAACCCAGUGGUAUUCUUCGAUGUAUCAGUCGGCACGACUGAGAUAGGACGUAUGAUAUUUGAAUUAUUCGAAGAUGUUUGUCCUAAGACAUCCGAAAAUUUUCGCCAAUUUUGCACCGGCGAGUAUCGAAAAGACGGAGUGCCUCUGGGGUUUAAGGGAGCUAUUUUCCAUCGAGUCAUCAAGGAUUUCAUGAUCCAGGGUGGCGACUUUGUCAACGGUGAUGGUACCGGCGUACUUAGUAUUUAUGGCGGCAACACAUUUGCUGAUGAAAACUUCACAUUGAAGCAUGACUCCCCAGGACUCCUUUCAAUGGCCAACAGUGGAAAGGACACCAAUGGUUGCCAGUUUUUUAUCACCUGUGCCAAAUGUAAUUUUCUUGAUGGCAAACACGUAGUUUUUGGUCGAGUUAUUGAUGGACUCUUGGUGAUGAGAAAGGUGGAAAAUGUACCUACUGGUCCAAAUAAUAAACCUAAAAUUCCUGUAACUAUUUCACAAUGUGGACAGAUGUAAUUUUAUUUAGAUAUAAUGGAAUUUAAUAAAAUUUUUAUAUUUAUUAUA